GUCCUGUUUUGAAACAGCGCUGAACCAGGCCUGUGAGAGACUACCAUGCUGGACCGACUCCCAGCACAGCUGAGUGCCGUGGCCUGUGGGCUCCUGCUUCUCCUUCUCAGGGCCCAGGGCCAGGAUUCAGCCAGCCCCAUCAGAACCACACAUACUGGGCAGGUGCGGGGCAGCCUCGUCCAUGUGAAGGACAUCCAUGUCGGAGUCCACACCUUCCUGGGCAUUCCCUUUGCCAAGCCACCUGUAGGACCACUGCGGUUUGCCCCUCCAGAGCCCCCUGAACCAUGGAGUGGUGUGAGGGAUGCCACCUCCCACCCAGCCAUCUGUCUGCAGGACAUCACUGCAAUGAAGACACAGGCUCUGAAACUGUUGAAUCUGACCCUGCCUCCCAUCCCCAUAUCUGAGGACUGCCUAUACCUCAACAUCUACUCGCCUGCCCAUGCACAUGAGGGCUCUAACCUGCCGGUGAUGGUGUGGAUCCAUGGUGGUGCACUGGUUAUAGGCAUGGCUUCCUUGUAUGAUGGAUCAGUGUUUACAGCCUUUGAAGAUGUGGUGUUGGUCACUAUCCAGUACCGCCUGGGAGUCCCAGGCUUCUUCAGCACUGGAGACCAGCAUGCCACUGGCAACUGGGGUUUUCUGGACCAAGUGGCCGCCCUACGCUGGGUCCAACAGAAUAUCGCCCACUUUGGAGGCAACCCCGACCGUGUCACCAUUUUUGGUGAAUCUGCAGGUGGUACAAGUGUGUCCUUGCAUGUCCUGUCACCCAUGUCCCAAGGACUUUUUCAUGGUGCCAUCAUGGAGAGUGGGAUGGCCCUGGUGCCCACCCUCAUCUCCAGUUCCAUUGAGGCAGUUGUCACAAUGGUGGCCAACUUGUCUGCCUGUGGACAAGUAGACUCAGAGGCCCUGGUGGGCUGCCUGCGGGUCAAGAGUGAAGAGGAAAUGCUGGCUAUUACCAAGGCCUUCAAUAUCAUACCUGGCAUAGUCGAUGGGAUCUUUCUGCCCAGGGAUCCUGAGGAGCUGCUGGCAUCUGCUGACUUCCAAUACGUCCCCAGCAUCAUUGGUGUCAACAAUGAUGAGUAUGGCUGGAUCAUCCCCUCGAGCAUGGUCAACUAUGGCACCCAGAAGAUAGACAGAGACACAGUGCGAGCUAUCCUGCAGAGAAGGUCAAAGCAGCUGAUGUUGCCUCUUGAGUUUGGUGAUCUGCUGAUAGAAGAGUACAUGGGGAACACUCAAGACCCCGAGACCAUCCAAGCCCAGUUCCAAGAGAUGAUGGGAGACUUCAUAAUCGUGAUGCCUGCUCUGCAAGUAGCGCAUUUUCAACGACCUCAUGCCCCUGUCUACUUCUAUGAGUUCCAGCACCGACCUAACUUCCAUAAAGACAUCAAGCCGCCCUGUGUGAAGGCUGACCAUGGCGAUGAGAUUCCCUUUCUCUUCAGAUCCUUUCUUGGGACCCAAGUUGAUCUCACUGAGGAGGAAGAGCUGCUGAGCAGAACAAUGAUGAAGUACUGGGCCAAUUUUGCCCGGAAUGGAAACCCCAACAGCAAGGACCUGCUCCAUUGGCCCAUGUUUGACAAGCAUGAGCAAUACCUGCAACUGGACAUCCAUCCUUCUGUGGGCCAGGCCCUGAAGGCCUCCAGGCUGAAGUUCUGGACCAAGACCCUGCCCCAGAAGAUCCAGGAGCUGAAGGAGGCUCAGAUGAAGCACACAGAGCUGUAGGAGCGUGUGUCGGGGAGGAAUGGGCUUGAAUGCAGGUGGGGUGAGCCUAAGGGCCCCACACACCCAUUGAGGAGCAGAAAUUCACUCCAAAAUUCACAUCCAUCCAUUCAGCCAACAUUUAGGAGGAACCCUUGUAUGUUUGUUGCCACAGACUCACUAAAUUCCCCCCAGGAAGCUGUGAUUGGGAGACAAAACCUACAUUGUUCUGUGUCACCUGUGUCUACUCACCUUUUCUCAUGUUCCUUCUCCUCCCUUAUGACUUAGCAAGGUCCUUUGGAGACUAUUUUCCAAGCAUGGGUAAUAAACCCAUGUCCACCCCUUAGUAAAUUACCCAUGUCCUCAUACUCCCUAGGGGCCCAAUUGAAAAUCUUAAUACCAGAAGCACAGUGUCUUAGUCCCUUUCACCCACUGUAUCAUAAGCACAUCCAAACAAAUUUCUUUACUGGGUCAUAAGUUAAUAGCUCAUAUCCCAAGCUGGUGGCUUAAACCACACAGGGAUUUACUGACAGCUCUAAGAAGUCUUUAUGAAGGUGCCAGCUGAGGUGAGGACUUGCUUUCUGCUUUAGAUAUGAUAUCUACUCACUGUGGCCUCCUAUCACAGAAGGGAAAAACAACCUCACACACAAGUAUAAUUUAGAGAAAGAGUAUUAAUCCAUCUUCUGUGGCUAUCAGAACAUUUCUGAUGCUGAGUCUUAUGAAGAGAAGAAUGUCUUUUGGUUUUGAAUGCAGAAGUGAGAUUAAGAUGCCACCAUCUGUUGGACUACUCAUGAAUGCCCGUUGGAGUGCACCACCACAUGGCAGAAGUGGGAAACAAAAUGACAAGUGCAGAAGAGACAACUACAUUAGCUUGCUUUAAGCUAAUCCAUAACUUCCUUGAGGCUCAUAAGAACUGCAUUAAUUCUUCCCACAAAACAAUGACCCCAAGACCUAAUACCUCCCACAAGCCCUGCCUCAUAAAGGGCUUCAUGCAUGCUGGGCAAGAAUUCUAUCACUGAAUUACACACUCAGCCCAAGGGGUAUGAGUGACAUGUAAUUAAAUUAAUUAGUUGUACAGUUAAGUAAACCUAAGUAAAUAUGGAGCAUAUACACCUACCACAUCAUCAAAUUGGAAAAUGUUGACUUCACUCCCAAGCCUUCUCUCAUUUUCCUUUACAGUCAGUCAUUACCUUGAACGCUGCUUCAAAGCAAUCAUCUGAUUGCUUCUGCUGCUGUACUUCACCUUAUUUUGCAUGUGGUAUAAAUGGAAUCUUUGUGAUGGACUCUGUCACUUCACUUCUGAGAUUUAAGACAUACGUCUUUUCUUUCACUGUGGAGUGGCAGUCUGGAGAUGAUGCACAGACAUGCACGCAUUUUAUCCAUUCAGAAUUGAUGCACAUUCAAAAUCCUUCCAUUUUUAAAUUUAUUUAUCUUUUCUUUUUUGUUAUAGCCUAAGUUGGCUAUGAACUCAUAAACUGGUUGCAUCCACCUAUGAAGUACUGGAUUAUAGACAUGCACCACCACGCCUAGGUUAUAAAUAAAGCUGUUAUGGAUA